GCUCGGGCAGCCAUGGACAACCACAGUGUGGGCCCACACCACACUCCUGUUGCCGUGGUAACCCGGCGAAACACUCCACGACCGGCUCGGCCGCGAAUUUCCCGACUUGUGUCUUUCGGACCCGACACCUGCAACAAACCGCGCCUCGCCGGACCGGACUCAUCACGAAAACCUCUGUUGUGGCCGGUUGUGAGCAAGCCUUGACAUCGGCAGCUCCAUCGUGUGCAUCAGAGUCACCAGCACAACAACUGCUGUACAACUGACCGGUAAACAGACUUUGGACAGCAACAUUUCUUGGUCGACAACACGUCAACCACCAAGCAAAGAAUUGAGAGCUCGCCAACUCUAGAUCUUUUCACGAGCCUCCGGGGCGCGGAAGAGUAUCGAAAUGGAGGCGUUGUCCCCCCGGGAUGCUAAUGCCCAACGGCCCCCUCGAGCACACGAGCUGAAGACGAAGGCUGCAGCCCAACUCAAGACGACGAGGGACAAGGAGCACCCGCCACCGCCGCCCAAUAAUGUUGUCGAGCCGCCAAGCUCCGACCGCAAGGAUGGUGUCGUCUAUCAGGUCGGCAAGCUGCUAGGAAAGGGCGGCUUUGCCAUUUGCUACGAAAGCAAGGCCGCGGGAGCAUCGAAGCGCGUUGCCCUGAAGAUUGUCAAGAGCAAGAUGUCGACAAAGAUGGAGCAAAAGUUCCAAACAGAACUGCAGAUCCACUCCAAGAUGCGCCACCAGAACAUCGUUCAGUUUCACCGCGCCUUUACAUUCGAAAGCUGCACCUACCUGGUUCUGGAGCUUUGCCCUAAUGGCUCGCUCAUGGACAUGGUGAAGCGUCGCAAGGGCUUGACCGAGGCUGAAGUGCGCUUCUACACCGUCCAGAUCGCCGGCGCCAUCAAAUAUAUGCACGCAAAAGGCAUCAUCCACCGCGAUCUCAAGAUGGGCAACAUCUUCCUCGACAAAUACAUGAACGCCAAGAUUGGCGACUUUGGCCUCGCUGCUCUCCUCCUCACCGGCAAGGACAUGCAGGUUAUGCGGCGGACAACAUUAUGCGGGACGCCCAACUAUAUUGCCCCCGAAAUUCUUGAGAAGGGCAAGAAGGGGCAUGACCACAUGGUCGAUAUCUGGAGCCUGGGAAUUAUUGUGUUCGCGAUGCUCACAUCAAAACCUCCCUUCCAAUCAUCAACAACGGACGAGAUUUACCGCCGCGCAAAAGACCGUGACUACGAAUGGCCGUCGUCGGACACGUCGUCGAAAUACAUCACCCAGGAAGCUAAGGAUCUGGUUGCUACCAUGCUCCAGGACGCUGACCAGAGACCUGACCCCGACACAAUCGUCGCACACCCAUUCUUCACCUCAGGGUACAUGCCAGGCCCUUCCGAUAUCAACUACAAGCUGCGAGAGCUUGCGCCAGAAAACCCCGCCUUUUACGAACCGCUAAAUUCCCAAGCCCAGUCCAUCAACCUUCGAAACGUCCAGGAGAUGUGCCGAGAGUGUGGUGUUGGUCCAUGGUGCCAGUCCCAGUUGGUUUUCAGGAAUAUCUGGAGAGAGAUGGCAGAGGAGGAGCAAAACGGACUUACCCCGGUCAUCCCCCUAGCCGAGGGCAUUGUCUACCGGCCUUUUGACGAGAUCAAGAAUGAGCAGAAGCUCCAGGCUCGGAUCACAGCCCAGCAGCUGUCAAAACAAUCGUCACAGACUUCAGAGCAAACAUACGAAUCCAGGAGUCUAAAGGAGAGCACCCUAGCCCGGAAACCAUCAUCCGGCUUACUACGAGCUCCGCCGCAAAGCUUUGCUGCACAGCAGAGAGCGCAACAUAAGCCUGCAACGACGACGGGCGUGUCGCGAUCAAAAACUGUGACAGAGCCCGCUUCGAGAACCGUCGCUCUGCGACCGCGCCCGGGGAGGGAACCAGCUGCGCCCUCUCGGCAGCCCUCGGAAGAUCCGGCCCCGGUCUCAAGGACAACCACCCGCAGCCUUCGCAGUAGCCAAACGAACUCGACCAGGACUCAGCCAGCUGUUCGCUCGGAGGAGGGUGCCCCUCCGCUACGACGGUCGGCAUCGACGAGAGAGAAGAAGCAGGAAGAAAGGCUAUCCCUUUUCAGCCCCUCCGAGUACCAAGAAGCGGUCCCUGGCACCCAGCCCGAUGUCGUACUCGAGCGGCUACAGAAGCUGCAGGCCGAGCUUGAGCGGGCACUCAACGCUCGCACCAUGGCACUUGUGUCAUCGCGGGAGAAGACGCCGUCCCCGCCGCACAUCGUGGUGAAGUGGGUUGAUUACACCAACAAGUUUGGCCUGGGCUACGUCCUGAACGACGGAAGUGUUGGGUGCAUCCUCCGUAGCAUUCCAUCACCAGAGAGCCCCGAGCCCGGCAUGUUGCCCCCUGCAUGCUUGCUCGUCCACGACGCGGAACGGCACUGCCUACGCAAGGACGAUCCGACGUACAGCGGACGCCACCAAAUCGUCCCCAUGAAGGAAGGCAUCUACUUCUACGAAAACAACGGGGAGACUGGCAUCUCGCGCGUCCGAGUCGCCCCAGAUAACUUCGUCCUCCCCGUCAACCCUGACGGCACCGUCGGCAAGCUCUCAGCAGGACGCGACAUUUACGACCACCGCAAACGCGAGCGUAUCGUCCUGUGGAAGAAGUUCGCCAACUACAUGAUCGCCUACGGCCGCGAGAUGGACAGCCCCACCCAGUCAUCGACGCCGACAGCGACCGAAGAAGCAGCCAUUCGCGUGCCGACCAUCACAGAUCCGACGGCGGUGCCCUCGGACGUCGUCACCUUUUACCAGCGGUUCGGCGACGUCGGCUGCUGGAUGUUCGCGGACGGGCACACGCAGUUCAACUUCCCCGACCACACCAAGAUCGUCCUCGACGCCGCGGGCGUGUGGUGCCACUUCUGGCACCUCCCACAAGACGCGGCCCGCCGCCUCGACGAGACGGGCUCCCUCGCCGAAUCCGCCCUCGACGACCGCGCCGUGCUCUCCUACCCGCUCCAGACCCUCCUCAACUUCGCCAAACCAUCCUCCUCUUCCUCCACCACCGCCAACACCGGCAGCACCAACUCCCGAAGCACCAGCACCGGCUCGCGCCGCCGGCCCGAGAUCGCCCCGGAGCUGCAGGGCAUCCCCGCCGCGAACCAGUUCCGCAAGAAGAUGGAGUUUGUGCGCGACGUCGUGCGCGAGUGGACGGCCAACGGCGGGCUCGGCAACUCGGACCUGAGCCGCGAGCGCCGCCUGCGCUGGACCGGCGUGCGCGAGACCCGCGGCGUGCCCAUCCCCGCCAAGCACGUCUGGGUCACCAUCGGCGCGCGGGGUGGGGAUGAGCGCCUGGCGGCCAUGGUGGAUCCGCGGAGGCCGGGGGUGAUUGGCGAGGAUGUGGAUGAGCGGAGGCGGUAGGUGCGCGGACUGCCUGGGAGGGGUGGGUUUUAGU